AAACCUGUUGUGCCACCCAAGACCAUUGAGCGAGCUAAUAAGAAUUCGGGAAAAUGCAAGCGCUCCUGGUCCUUGGACUUUCAGCCGCCAAUAGUAGCUCGGAGCGAAAACUUCUGUCUUCCUUCGUGGUGUGGAUCUUGUUGUUCUUAUGCGGCCAAGUUCCAGGAUUCCGUGUAGCCGUUGCGGGGGAUGAAAUGUUACUUCGUGACUGAUUCUUGGAGGUAAUCCAUGUCUAGGGAGAACCAAAAAAAAUGUCGGCCUUGAUGUAGGGCUUCCAUGCGUGAUAUAAGUCCCCAGAGACACCCCGCAAUCAAACUUCUCUCUUUCAUAGCGUCUCGCGGACAACUUCUCUCCUUUUGGGCAGUGGAAGAUCAACCGGCAAGAUGUAUACAAUCGGAAACGUCUAUGUAAUCGCAGCGGUAGCUGUCGUGGGUGGAGCCUUGUUUGGUUUUGAUAUCUCUUCUAUGAGUGCUAUCAUUUCCACCAAAGCUUACCUUUGCUAUUUCAACCAAGGUCCUCAGUAUCUUGACACUGACGGACAAUGCUCUGGUCCAACAGCGAAUGUUCAAGGUGGUAUCACAGCUUCUAUGCCAGGUGGAUCAUGGCUUGGUGCUUUAGUCUCUGGUUAUAUUUCUGAUAUGCUUGGCCGAAAGAAAGCAAUCCAAGUUGGAUCUGUCAUCUGGUGCAUUGGCUCAAUCAUCGUCUGCGCCUCCCAGAACAUUCCUAUGCUCAUUGUAGGCCGUAUUAUCAACGGUUUCUCUGUCGGUAUCUGCUCUGCUCAGGUUCCUGUCUACAUCACCGAGAUUGCACCUCCAUCAAAGCGUGGUCGUCUCGUCGGUUGCCAACAAUGGGCUAUCACUUGGGGAAUCUUGAUCAUGUUCUACAUCUCGUACGGCUGCUCGUACAUCAACGGAACAGCCGCCUUCCGAGUCCCAUGGGGUCUUCAAAUGCUCCCGGCCAUGUUCCUGUUCGGUGCCAUGCUCUUCCUUCCCGAGUCACCCAGAUGGCUCGCACGCAAAGACAGAUGGGAAGAAGCUGUCCAGGUUCUGGCCCUUGUUCAUGCUAAGGGUGACCCCAACUCUCCUUUUGUGCACAAGGAAAUGGCCGAGAUUCGCGAGGUCGUCGAAUUCGAACGUGCCAACUCGGACGUCACAUACUUCGAGCUGCUCAAGCCAAACAUGAUCAACAGAACACACAUUGGAGUCUUCUGUCAGAUCUGGUCUCAGCUGACUGGAAUGAAUGUUAUGAUGUACUACAUCACCUACAUCUUCACCAUGGCUGGACUUGGCUCGAACGUCUUACUGCCAUCCUCCAUUCAGUUCAUCAUCAACGUUGUGAUGACCAUCCCAGCUCUCCUCUUCGUCGACAGAUGGGGUCGUCGCCCAACCAUGUUGGUUGGAGCAUUCCUCAUGAUGGUGUGGCUAUUCAUCAAUGCCGGUCUUCUCGCCACUUACGGCAAGGUUCCAUACAAGAACCAAUUCCCCUCCGCCGCAGAAUCAAUUUCCAUCACCGGUGCCCCAGCAAAAGCCGUCAUUGCAUGCACAUACCUAUUUGUCGCCUCCUACGCACCCACUUGGGGUCCAGUCUCCUGGAUCUACCCUCCAGAACUCUACCCCCUUCGCGUACGCGGGAAAGCCGUUGCGCUCUCCACAUCCGCAAACUGGAUCUUCAACUUCGCACUCGCCUACUUCGUUCCUCCCGCCUUUGCCAACAUCCGCUGGAAAGUCUACAUCGUGUUCGGCGUCUUCUGUUUCGCCAUGUUCGUGCACGUUCUGUUCCUGUUCCCGGAAACGAGCCAGAAGCCGCUGGAGGAGGUCGAGGAGAUCUUCGAUGAUUCGACGCCGGGAAGUAUUAGGUUCCUUGGGACGCCGGCUUGGAAGACGCAUGUUGAUACUCAUGCGAGACGGAUGGAGAGGGGAGAGUUGGAUGCUGAGGAUAAGUUUGGGCACGAGGCUAGCCAUGAUGAGAGGAGUCCUGCGAGAGUUGAUGAGCAGGUUCCUAAGGCUGAGUAGAUGCGUGAUUUGGGAUCGGUCUUUAUACCCUAUUUACAGUUUGGAUGGAUGAAGUGAUGGAGAUAAUUGAUGCAGAAAACCCUGGCAGUGCAAGGCGGUUGCCGCUCUCUAUAGUCUAGCUUGAGGUCAAAUUGAGUUUGAUAAUGACGAAUGUUGACACUCGCUACCAUCGUCUCUCGUCACCCACCCAACUACCUAACCAUAUAAUUUCUAAUAAUCAUUUCUUAGCCAUAAGC